AUGACCGUGCCUGAAGUCCCCGUAGUCGACAUCGGAGCCCUCGUGGGGUUCUCCUCCGACGCCGAUGCGAGCAUCGCGUUGCGUGACUCCAAGGACGACGCUCUUCGCCUCAUCAUCGACCAAGUGCGCGCUGCUGCCAGUGAGUGGGGCUUCUUCUACGUGGCCAACCACGGGUUAUCUCAAGGCGAGGUGGACCAGUUCCAGGAGACCAUGCGCUCCUUCUUCCGUCUUCCAGAUGAAGUCAAACGCACGAUCCCACGCACUGCUACCAACGCCCGGGGGUUCGUCGAGGGGGAGCUCACCAAGAACAAGACGGACUGGAAGCAGUGCUUCGACUUCUCAGUCCCAAACGAAGACGGCCCGGUGAGUGACAACCAUGAUCGGAUGGGCGACGACCACAACCUGUGGCUCGAGGAGGAUGUUCUACCUGGUUUCCGAACCGAAAUGAGGGCGUACUACAGCCGAAUGGAGUUCAUCUCCCGUCGGUUGCUGAAGGUAUUCGCAGUUGCACUGGGUGAAGAGCCCGCGUUCUUCGACCAGUUCUUCCUGGACGACCACUCGAGCUUGAUGCGCCUCAACUACUACCCGGUGGCUCCCGAUCCGGAGAAAACCAUGGGCGUUUACCACCACACAGACCCUGGCGCACUUGCAGUGCUGCUGCAGGACGAUGAAGUGGCUACACUGCAGGUUUUCCACCGGAAGACCCAGUCGUGGGUGAAUGUGCCGCCGCGUAAGGGCACGUACACCAUCAACAUCGGAGACUUGGUGCAGAUCUGGUCGAACGACAAGUUCAAGGCCCCAAUUCACCGUGUUCUGGCAACCGACAAGGCUGACCGGUUCUCGGCUCCGUUCUUCUACCUCCCGGCGUACAAUGUACAGGUGAAGCCGAUUGUGGUGAAGGAAGGGGAAGUGCCCAACUACCGUCCAUUUAGCUGGCGCGAGUUCCUCCUGAAGCGGGUCUCGGGCAACUACGCGGACAGCGGGAAAGAGAACCAGAUCGGAGACUUCAAGAUCCACGACGCUAUCGAUGUUGCUAAUUCGUGA